CUUGUCGCUUAAAUCAUUUAUCAAUCAAUCAAUUGUUGUAAACAAUAAAUUCAUUUUUUUGUUCUUCUUCCCUUUUUAUCUCGAUUAAUAUGUAUAUUUUCUUCAUAUUUUAAGCAUUGACAGCUAUAAACAUUUGUAAUUUAGAGUAAAAUUUGUAUUCUUCAGAAUGAAUUCAGUUUUCCAUUUACAUAAUACCUCUAGAAUUGGGUUUUCCAAAACAUUUCAAUUCGUCCGAAAUUUUACUGUAAGCUCAGCUUUAUAUGGCAAAAGAAAUUUCAGAAAAUUCACUUAUCCCAAUCGGGGAACACCUUUAGAUAAGAAAUAUUUUAGAGAGCAUCCCGAACUGGUUGAUCAGAGAGGAAUGAGGCUAACAGGAUAUUGGACAGGUGAAGGUGUAAAAAAGAAAUUUGUUGAAGUACCUGAAAUGAUACCUGAACUUGUGGUUCCUGAUUUAACCAACUUUCAUUUGAAGCCAUAUGUGUCGUAUCGAACAGCUGACAUUGUUCAAGAAAAAUUUACUCCAGAACAUUUAUUCUAUGCUGUUUAUUCCAAAAAAAUUAAAAAAGAUCUUGAAGAAGGUAAACUUGAUGAGCAUGGAAAUCCUCUAGAACCAUCAAAAGAAGAAAGCAUGGGUCCUGAAGAAGCCUGGACAAAAGCUCGUUUAACUGGAAGUGAUCUUUUCGGCUAACCCGUGUAAAGUGUUUAAUAAAUGUAGAUUUUAUGAAAAAAUAAAAUAAAAGCUUAAUAUUA